AUGUUGGUUCUAUUUGAGACAGCUGCGGGUCAUGCGCUUUUUAAAGUACAUGAUGAAGCCAAGUUGGCUAGUGUUGAUGAUGUUUACAAGCACUUUUCGACUCCUGAGAAGGCUGCCAAAGUGCUGAAACUUAAAGGUUUCAAUGCAUUUAAAGACACGACCGAGGCCGUGGCUGCUGCUACGGACAUGGUAGACAGUAAGAUGGGCAAGACACUCAAGAAGUUUCUCAAGAAAAAUGUGGUGGAUGCUGGUCUGAAGGAUAAACUCGCCGUUUCAGACAAGGCACUUGGUGCGCUCAUUAAAGAAAAACUCAGCAUUGCGUGCGUCAAUGAUAGUGCCGUGAACGAGGUAAUGCGCUGCAUUCGCGCCAACAUGGACACACUUAUUACUGGUCUAGAGGACGACGACUUGAAAGCCAUGACGCUUGGUCUGUCACACUCUCUUUCUCGCUAUAAACUCAAAUUUAGCGCCGAUAAGGUAGACACGAUGAUUGUACAGGCAAUUGGUCUACUUGAUGAACUGGACAAGGAGAUUAAUACGUACUCGAUGCGUGUUCGUGAGUGGUUUGGCUGGCACUUUCCUGAGAUGGGCAAGAUUGUCUCGGACAAUUUGCAGUAUGCCAAGUGUGUACUCAAGAUGGGGUUACGUUCGAACGUCAAGAAUCUCGAUUUCUCAGACAUCUUGUCGGAAGAUGUGGAAGCUUCAAUGCGUGAAGUGUGUGAGGUGUCCAUGGGAACGGACAUUUCACAGGAAGAUGUGACCAAUAUCUCUGCUCUUUGUGAGCAGGUUAUCUCUCUAACGGAGUACCGUGCUCAGCUGUUUGAUUACUUAAAGAACCGGAUGAACGCCAUUGCCCCGAACCUUACCGUUAUGGUUGGUGAGCUUGUCGGUGCCCGUCUUAUUGCUCAUGCUGGCAGUUUGAUGAAUCUGGCCAAGCAUCCGGCUUCCACUGUACAGAUCCUUGGUGCCGAGAAGGCUCUAUUUCGUGCUUUAAAGACUAAGCACGACACCCCCAAGUACGGUCUAAUCUACCACGCCUCGCUGAUCGGUCAGACUGCACCCAAGCACAAGGGUAAGAUCUCGCGCGUGCUGGCUGCGAAGACGUCGUUAGCUGUUCGUGUGGACGCCCUGGGCGAUGCCACCGAAGCUACAAUUGGCUAUGACAAUCGUGCCAAGGUGGAGGCUCGUGUGCGGCAGCUAGAGAAUGGUUUCUCGGGCGUACCGAACAGCAACGGCAAGACUAAGAAUGAAGCGAAGAAAUACAAGAAGACGGAGACGAGCACGACGUACAAUGCUGAUGCCGACAUGACAGUGUCGAGCAAGAAGCGUAAGGCUGAAGAUGCUGAGGAGGAGGGGGAGACGCCCAAGGUGAAGAAGGAAAAGAAAGAGAAGAAACACAAGAAAAAGAAGGCUGUCGAGGAAGAGGAAGACAAGAAGGAGAAGAAGAAGAAACACAAAAAAAAAAGAGUGCUGAAGAAUAGAUGCAUAGGCGUGCAGGUGAUCGUCGUCGCUUUAUUCCCGGUUGUAGCUAGACGUAGCUGUAGUUUGGGUUGUCACUUGUCGGCGCCUUUGCUCCUUUUUGUUUCUUUAUAA